AUGAAAAAACGCGGUGGAAAAAAGACAAAACCUCAAUUAUACAGUCAUAUUGCUUCAGCAAUCAUACCAUCAGCAAGUAUUGUUGCUGUACCAUCAGCUGCAUCUUAUUUUCCACGACAAAAAAUUCAUGCUAAUGAAGAAUGGGGUCCAUUAGCAUCAACACUUCUUCGUGCAUCAUCUACCAGUCAAUUACUUAUUCCAACUACAACUUUAUUAACUACACAACAAGAUGAUAAUUAUAUACGUUCAAUACAAAGAACAAUUCGAGGACGAAUGGAUACAACUACAGAUGAAGAAGAAAGUGAUGAUGAAAGUGAAAAAGAACAAAAACCUGGUACAGCAGCACUUGUGAAGAGUACUACACCUCGACCAGCUUCAUUAUAUGAUGCUGAAAAACGAUUAUUGGGUCAUGCUGUUGAUGAUCAAGAAUCAAUAUCAACAAUAAAUGAUACUGGUGUUAGUUCAACAUCUCAUUUAGAUGCUAAACAAGCACUUACAGCUGAAUUAUCACGAUCAGCAGAUGAAAAAAUUGGAAAACAUUCAUCAGUUCCAAUGGCACGUCGACAAAAUCCUCCACUAGUUCUCAAUCCUGUUCAAAGUCAAUCAGAUCCAACAUUAGCAAGAACUGAUAUUGGUGUUGAAGGUAUUGGUGGUGAAUUAAAAUCAGGAGCAACAACAGGACGUUCAUCUCUUAAUGAUACAACAACUAUACCAGCUAGUGCUCGAUCUGUAUCAUUUAAAGAACCAGUUAUUGAUAAAAAAUAUCAUUCAUCAUCAUUAAAAUCUCAACAAACAACACAUCAUCUUAAUGAUAAUUUAAAUUCAGAAUUAAAAGAAAUCAUUUUACCACCAUCCGAAGAAUAUCAACAAAAUUUGAAUGAUCUUGAACAACGUAAUGAAUUAUUAAAUAAUGAAGUUCAACAACUUCGAUUAAAUAAUCGAAAUCUUCAAAAACAAUAUGAAGAAUUACUUGAUCGUUUACAAACAUCACAAAAACUUUCACAACAAGAAUUAAGUGAUUUAUUAAAACAAAUUGGACGUGAUCAAAUAAACGAUUUCGAAAAUUUAACUAAAACAUUACAAAAUCGUUGUGAUCAAUUACAAAAUGAAUUGAUUACUAUGAGAGAUCGAUAUGCACAAAGUCAAAUUCAAUCUAAUGUACAAGAAUUGAAAAAAGAAAAUCAUUUUCUUAAAGAUUAUAUUCAUCGUUUAAAUGCUGCUUCAAGUGAAUAUCAAACAAUGCACCCACCAAAAACAUUAAAAAAAGAAAUGAAUAAAGAUCAACGUAAAAUGCAAGGUUUACCAAUGAAAGGUCCAUCACCAAUUUGGCUACUUAACCAAAAAUUUCUUGCACCAUUAUUUGUUUGUUAUGAUGAAAAAUUAUAUGAAAACAAAGAAUUUAUUAAAAAACUUCAAACGCAACUUAAUGAAUUACAUGAUCAAGUUAAAUUAAUAACUGAUGAAAAUAUUUUAUUACAUGAACGACUUGCUCGAUCAACAAUAUCGGGAAAGGAUGAUACACAUCUAUCUGAUAUUGAACAUAUCAAACGACAAGCAUAUCUUGUUUUAGAAGAAAAUAAAAUUCUUCAAGAACAACUUAAUUUACAAACAAAUCGAUUAACUGAUGUACAAAAAGUACAAAUUCAAGAAGUAUCAAAUUUAACUCGACGUUUAUUAAUUGCUGAAAGUGAAAAAACUGAAAGUGAUCGUAUACUUGAAACAAUACGAAUAAGAAAUGAAGAUUUAAAAAGAAAAUAUGAUCAAUUAAUGAUGGAUAGUAAUCAUCGUAUACAUAUUCAAGAACAUGUUUAUGAAAUAAGUGAAAUGAAACGAUUAACAGAUGAAUUAAGUGAAAAACAUGCUCAUGAAAUGCAAUUACUUCUUCGUCGAGUACAGGAUGCUGAAUCAUCAAAAAAAAUUUCACAAUUAAAAUUAACUGAAAAUCGAAGUGAAAUUGAACGUUUAAAAGGUGAAAUAAAAGCAAUGAAAAAAACAAAUAAAAAAUAUCUAUUACGUGUACAAACACAUGAAAAAAAAGUUGAAUUACAACAAAUUAAAGAACAACGAAUAACAACAAUGUUUGAAAAAAUUAAUGAAGAAUUAGAACAAAUAAAAUUAGAACGAGAUACUUAUUUAGCAUUGGCUAAAACAAAAGAAGAAGAAAUGAAUAAAACACAAGUUCGAUUAACUCAAGAUGCUGAUAAAUUAAUACAACUUGAAGAACGUCUUGAAAAUUAUAAAACUAAAAAUAAAGAACGUGUUAAUGAAACACAAGAACAAAUGAAACAACAAUAUGAUAAUUUAAAAUUACGUUGUCUAGAACAUGAACAACGUAUUCAACAACUUAUGACAUUGUUAAAUGAAAAACAAGUACUUAUUGAUGAUCUUAAUGCUGAAAAACGGAAUCUUGAAGUUGAUCUUGAAACUAUUUGGCAAUCAACUAAUGCGGACAGUAUGCGUUUACGUGAACAGUUACUUGAUAUGCGUGUAGUGAGUUAG